AUGCUCUUCUCGCUGCGAGAGCUGGUGCAGUGGCUGGGCUUCGCACCCUUCGAGCUGUUCCUGCAGGCGGGGGCGCUGCUGGUAGCCUCGGUGCUGCUGGUGCUGAAGGUGGACGGCGGGGCGGCCGGGGCCGGGCUGAACUGGUGGGGGGUUUUCUCCCCCUUCUUCGCCGCCGACGGGUUGAGCACCUACUUCACCACCAUCGUCUCGGUGCGCCUCUUCCAGGACGGGGAGAAGCGCCUGGCCGUGCUGCGCCUCUUCUGGAUCCUCACCCUGCUCAGCCUCAAGUUUGUCUUUGAGAUGCUGCUCUGCCAGAAGCUGGGCGAGCAGAGCCACGAGUUGUGGUAUGGCCUCAUCAUGUCGCCCGUCUUCAUCCUGCUGCAGCUGCUCAUGAUCCGGGCCUGCCGGGUCAACUAGAGGCCGGCCGCCCGGCCUGCGCCCCUCUGGCACUGCGGGGCCACCUGCCUCUGGCUGGCCUCACCUUUUGAGCACUUUGUCAUUGCCCAACGCAGGUCUCUGUUUGCCCACCCAGGAUGGCCACAGAAGGACGUGGGCUCUCUGUGCAGCUCCUGCCAGAAGCCAGCUAACUGCUGCCCUGCGUCCAGGACUAAGCUGGAGAGAGCACUCUUGCCUGGUGACAAACUGACCUUCUCUUUCUUAUCCAUUGACUCAGCACAGCAAUUCCACCAAGAUCCUGAGCUGCUCUGUGCGUAACUGGUGUGGGCCAAGUGGUCCCUUUGGCUCCAGGAUCACACACUUGCUCGAGGAGCCGUCUGACUUUCUGUAUGGACAAAAAGAAUUUGGAGAAACAAACUUUGUGGGGUGGGGGUGGGGAUCUGUGCCCACACUGGAAAACACUUUUGCAUUUGUGUCGUUAUGGACUCCGUGCAUGGACCAGAGGCUGCUCCUAAUUUAGUAUUGUCAUUGAACUUUAGACUCUUGUGAUGCUGUCAGACCUGAGUGAGGUCGGAUCGCCUUGGUUAUUUAUCUAAGCAUAAAAAUGUGUAGCUCUUA